AAAAAAAACCAUUACCACCUACCACUGCUACUAAAUCAACACGAAGGUUUUUUCAAAAUCUCACAAAGUGCCAUCAAUCUAACCUAAAUUGGCAUGAAAUUGAGAAAUACUUCUCUGAGCCAGAGACUGAAGCAGAUCCACUUCUUUGGUGGAAGGCGAACUCAAAUCAAUUCCUAGUACUUGCACGCAUUGCGAUGAACUUUCUUGCAGUUCAGUCUACGAGCAUACCAAUCGCAUGCGUAUUCUUAUGCUUGAAAAGCUGGUUUACGGAAUUAGAUGAUAUGUUAAAAGAG